CAUACUUGCAGUGGGUUGGAUGUAAAUAACCCUAUGGUUAGUGCUUCAUGGGCAUCAAGAGUCUUGAUUGAAGACAUCCGGGCUAAUAAUGAUAUUUCUGCCAAAUCUUUAAAUGCCAUUCUAUUUCAAAGAUUUGGUGUUCAGAUGGCUAUAAGCACACUAUACAGGGUUAAGCAUAAGGCAUUGGCUGAAAUUCAUGGUUCUCAUGAUGAGUCUUAUGCUUUUUUACCCAAGUAUUGUGAGAUGAUCAAGUCAACCAAUCCUGGGUCAUUUGUAUUUUGUGCUUGGGUUCAGUUACAGGAGCAUGAAAAACCAUUGGUUUUUAAGAGCAUUUUCAUUAGUUUUAAAGGAGUUCUCGAUGGUUUAAAGGCCUGUAGAAGCUUGAUAGGGGUAGAUGGUGCACACCUUAAGGGAAAUUAUGGGGGUGUGUUGUUGUCUGCAGUAGCUUUAGAUGCCAACAAUGAGUUGUACCCUUUUGCAUGGGCGAUUGUAUCUGGAGAAGAUACCGACAAUUGGUGCUUCUUUGUGUGGAAUCUGAAGAACAUGUUGAAGGAUCUUGGAAGAGGGAACAGCUGGUGCAUAAUCUCAGAUCGACAGAAGGGGAUUAAUUUGGCAUUAACUGAGUUAUGGAAUGAAGCUGACAAAAGGUACUGUUGUAAGCACCUUGUGGCAAACUGGAAGAAAGCAUUCCCAGGGCCAUUAUUGUUUUCUCUUUUCUGGAAAUCAUGUGGUGCAUUCUCACCAUUUACCUUCAAGAAAGCCAUGGAACAACUUGACAAAGUUAAUCAAGCUGGGAGAAAAUGGCUAUCAAACUUAGGAGAUCAGACAAGGUGGACUAAACACAAGUUUAACACUGAGCUAAAGUGUGAUGUCAACAAAACAAAUUUUGUUGAAAGUUUUAAUGCGACUCUGGGACUGGACAGAUGUAGGCCCGUGUUGACCUUACUUGAAGGGAUUAGAAGAAACACUAUGGUUAGGAUCGCUUCAAGAAGACAACAAUGUGAAACUUGGGAGAGGUAAGACAUCUGUCCUAACAUUGCAAGAAGAAUCCAGAAGCUUAGUCAUGCAAGUAGGGACUGCAUCCCAUACAUGGCAGGGGAAGGAGAGUAUGAAAUCCUAACUGGCAAGUCUGUUCUCCCAGUUAGCUUAAACAAACACACUUGCUUGUGUGGAGCUUGGCAGCUAACUGGUAUACCAUGUAAACAUGGUAUUAGAGCAAUAAUUCAUGCAAGGUUGGAUCCACACUCAUUUGUGCAUGAGUGGUAUUCUGUGAGCAAAUACAAGGAAGCUUACAGCUCUGGUAUCAAGUCUAUCCCAGACGUUGAGCAUUGGCCAGAGAUUAAUAUGCCAGAGAUCAAGCCACCAAUUGUGAAAAGGGCAAUAGGGAGACCUUGCAGAAAUAGGAAGAGAGCUGAUGAUGAAGAAAGGAAGGGUAAAAGGGCUAAGACCGUAAAAUGCAGUAAGUGUCAGGCAUAUGGACACAAUACUUUGACCUGCAAAGGAGGUCUGACAUCAAAACAAAAGGCAACCACUAGUCAGAAGGGAAAGAAGAAACAACCUGCAUCCCAACAGUUCAAUGCAUCCUCCUCCCAGCCAGUAAAAGGAAAGAAGAAACAACCUGCAUCCUAGCCUUGAAUCUGGAGAAGAUGUUUGAUUAUUAAGCUGAAGUAGAUUUUUUUUUUUAACUUAACAAUGAAGUGUUAACAUGUUCAAGCCUUGUCAUUUGAAGACAUAGUAUUAGUUAAGUGUGGGUGAAUAUGAUCUUGACUUUUGGAAAUUAUAUUCAUGAAAUUUAUGUUAACAGUUAUGGCAGGGUAUUAAUUUUGGUACUACUCAUUUGAAUA